GCGGCGCCUUGCUGUCCAUUACUGAUGGGACUUUGGAGGGUUCUCCGCAUCUUCUGGCCGGGUGUUCAGAAGGCGCUGGGCGGGAGAAGAGGACGAGAAAAGACUUCAUCUUCUUUGAGAGCGACCAACUUCACUGAGUUGCGAGUCACGUUGCAAAAGAUUACAUAAGAUAAUGAAGCUGCUGCAGCAGUAGAAACAAGAAGAUGCUGUGGCCACUCAAGUUCCUUCAGCUGCUGCUUCUGCUGGAAAUGGGCCAGAGAAGUAAAGGCACAGAAGUGUGCCCUUCAUCCUUGUGUGAUUGUUCUGAUUGGGGACGCUAUAAAAUAACUUGCACGGAGAUCAGUUUCAUCCCUACAUUCCCACAGAGCACACAGACAUUGAGGUUUAUGGAUACAUAUCUGAAAAGAAUUCCUAGUGAAGCAUUCUCAAGAUUACCCAACAUCUCCAGGAUCUAUAUCAGCAUAGAUAUAGUGCUGCAGGUUUUGGAAGCUUAUUCUUUCAACAACUUAAACAAAGUCACUCACAUAGACAUUCGAAAUGCUAAAAAUCUGAGAUACAUAGAUAGCCAAGCCUUUAUGAACCUCCCAAUGCUAAAAGAUCUUGUGAUCUUGAAUACUGGGCUUGGCGUUUUUCCUGAUCUCACCAAAAUUAAUUCAAUAAAUAUAAACUUUUUGCUUGAAAUUGCUGAUAACCCAUAUCUGAAUUCAUUGCCUUCAAAUGCAUUCCAGGGAUUAUGUAAUGACUCCCUUAUGCUAAAAUUAUACAAUAAUGGUUUCACAGUGGUGGAAGCCCAUGCAUUUAAUGGAACUAAGUUAGAUUCUGUAUACCUGCAUAAGAACAAGUAUCUAAGAGUUAUUCAUGAAGAUGCAUUUUUGGGUGUUCAAAGUGGUCCAAGCCUACUUGAUGUCUCCCGGACAUGUAUUACUACAUUUCCAGCAAGAGGAUUAGAAAACCUGAAAGAACUGAUGGCUCAAAAUACCUGGACUCUAAAGAAAUUCCCCCCAGUAAAAACUUUUCCUUAUCUAACUUAUGCUGCUCUGUCAUACCCAAGUCACUGUUGUGCUUUCAAGAAUUGGAAGAAAGCUAAAGGAAUCUUGGAGUUCCUGCUAUGUAAUCAAACUAACAAUCUCAGCAUUCGCAAAAGAAGAUCUUCCAGUACCUACAGGGCUCCUUUCUAUCAAGAUUAUGCAGAAGAUUAUUCAGAUCACACUGAUGCUGUUCACGAUGAGAAUUCCAAAUUUAGAGACAUUCAUGGAAAUUCCCAUUAUUAUGUCUUCUUUGAAGAACAUAACAAUAGAAAAGAUGGAUUUGGUCAAGAACUCAAGAACCCCCAAGAUAAUAUUGUGACGUUUGAUAGUCAUUAUGACUAUAUUAUCUGUACAGGUAAUGAUGAUAUUAGUUGCAUCCCAGGGCCUGAUGAGUUCAACCCCUGUGAAGAUGUAAUGGGGUACAGAUUUUUAAGGAUAGUGGUGUGGUUUGUAAACUUGCUAGCCAUUGUGGGCAAUGUUUUUGUUCUCUUUAUCUUACUCACUAGCCACUACAAGUUGACUGUUCCACGGUUCUUGAUGUGUAACUUGGCUUUUGCUGAUCUUUGUAUGGGAUUGUAUCUUCUCUUGAUAGCUUCAGUGGAUCUUUAUACUAGAUCAGAGUAUUAUAACUAUGCCAUUGAUUGGCAAACUGGGCCUGGUUGUAGCACAGCUGGCUUUUUUACUGUCUUUGCUAGUGAGUUAUCAAUCUUUACUUUGACUACAAUCACCCUGGAACGGUGGUAUGCUAUUACGUUUGCCAUGCGCUUAGAUAAAAAAAUUCGUCUUUGGCAUGCAUCUUUUAUUAUGUUGGGUGGUUGGCUGAUAUGUUUCCUUCUUGCCCUCUUACCACUGAUUGGAGUCAGUAGUUAUGGAAAAGUUAGCAUCUGCCUUCCCAUGGACACUGAAACACCUGUAGAUCAAGCUUACAUUAUAAUUAUUUUACUGUUGAACAUUGUUGCUUUCAUCAUCAUUUGUGCUUGCUAUAUUAAAAUUUAUAUUACAGUACGGAAUCCCCAAUACAAGUCAGGGGACAAAGAUACAGUCAUUGCAAAAAGGAUGGCUGUGCUAAUUUUUACUGAUUUUUUAUGUAUGGCACCGAUCUCAUUCUAUGCCUUAUCUGCUGUUAUAAACAGACCCUUGAUAACAGUCAGCAACUCAAAAAUUCUGCUGGUCUUGUUCUAUCCACUCAACUCUUGUGCUAACCCAUUCCUUUAUGCUAUCUUUACCAAAGCAUUCCGAAGAGAUAUCUUCAUCUUGCUUAGCAAAUUUGGGUUAUGUGAACAUCAGGCUCAACUCUAUAGGGGCCAAACAGUCUUCCCCAAGAACAGCAGCGGUUCUGGCCAUCAUAAGGGCAACCGUGGAGUCCAUAACCUUUCUAGCCAUCAAAGCCACCCUCAUGGUGUACUUGAAGGCUACCAGUCUGCAGUGGUGCUACAUUUUCAAGAAUCCAUGGAAAAUAGUAAGCUGUCUAUAUUAUAGCACAUCACUACUGAAAAUAAUAUUUGGAUAUUGGAAAUCCUCAUUAUAUCCUAUUAUAAAGGGAAUGAAUUCUUUUGGUAGGAAUUUUUAGGAUACAUUCUGCUUUCCUGUGAACCAUCUAUAUAAAACUGUAAGUUUAAAAAUAUCAGGAAAGUAGUGGUAGCUCAGACCAAGCACUUUUUGAGUUCAAUUGUCUGUUUACAUAAUGCCAUGCGUUUGUUACAGAAAAUCCAUAAGAAGGAUAAGGACAAUGAUACAUUCCUCAGCAAUCACUCUGCUCCUCAGGAGAGGGUAUUAAGAAAUAUACUGGAAGCAUAAUAUAUAGCCCUGUUAACCAGCCAAUUAUAGCCUUAUUGUUUAUAAAUUUCAUUAACCCUUUAAUGCCAUCAAAUUGGCAGUCAUCAGUACAAUUUGAAGAAGUGAACUGCUCUGUAGGACAAAGUGCUUUUUUCCAUGAAUUAUGUAGCUUCAGUAAAAGAACUUUGAUUGUACUAUGAAAAAAGAAAGCCUCCCCAUUCAUUUAUCACAUGUACAAUUAUUUAUUCUCUUGUCUUUUAAGAGAUUUACACAUUUUAAUCCUCUCUCUCAGGAGAUUUGCUUCAAUCUCUUUAUUGUUUUAUUUUCCUAAUAUGUUUUCCAGUCAUUUUGAAAGUAUAGUGAUCAAUUAUUCAGUGUUUUACAUAUGUUCACACUGUCAUCUUGUAUAAACAUGUAACGUAAUUAGUAGAUUUAUUUUUAUCAAUUUCUUUCCUACUAAUGUCCUACAUAACAGUUUGUAAAUUUUGCAACAGCAACGUAGCAGGACAACAUUUUCACAAUAUUUUUCCUUACAAGGUUCAUUUCCAGAACAGACAUGAGACUCAGAACAUCUCAUCACCAUGUAUGUGAAUAUGUGAUCAAGGGUUUUUGUUGUUAUUUUUUAUCCCAUUUCUCUUGCUUACUUAGAACAAGAUUUGCUGUUUUAAUAUUGGUCCCAAAAUCUAGAUCUCUUGGAGAACACUUUGUGUUUUAUUGCUUUGAAUAAUUUGAUGUCAUGAGCAAACUUGACCAGGUCAAUGUUCAUUUGACUUCAGAUAAUUUAUCACAAGAUAAAAUGUUUUGACAGGUUUUGGUAGGAUAGCCUUGUUUAUAUUAUCUUUAGACACCUUUAGACACCUCUUUUGGUUGUAUAUCUGGUGUUGCCUCACAGUGAGAGAUGAGCAGCACAUAAAUUUGAUAAAUAAAUACCUCUCCUGGGUUGAUAGUAAGCAUCUUGGGUAGGAAGGAGCUAGUUCUUCUUGCAGUAAAUGAGUGUCUUGCAAGUAGAGAUACCAACCACUUACGGGCAAGUGACCGAUUGCAACCAAUUGCAAUCAUUUUGUAAGAAUGCCCACCAUUUUGUAAGAUUGCCUACCCAGUUUGUUAAUCCAUGUAUAUAAUAAAUAAUUAUCUCUAUAUGCAAUGGGAGAUGACAUCAGAUCCUUGUAAUCAUUGGAUGAAAAAUAGCAUGCUAUCCAAUCUAUAUUUUACUGGAAGGUUCAGUUGCAGUUUAGUACAAUUAAAUAGUUACAAAAAUGAAUUAUUCUGUCCCUACUUUUCAUAAAGUUUGUAAUUAUAGAAGAAAAAUAUCCUACAUGUUACUCCACUCAGCAAUGGAUAGCCACUUUUAGAAGAUCAUAUGAAUUCUUACUUGAGCUCUUUUAAAAUGAUAAAAUACAUCAAUUUUUCUCACAACAGGCUUAGAAAGUUCAAGCUAAAUCAAACAUUAUGCCUAACUAUGAAACAUCUAUUUGUUCUAAAAAUUUUUUUUUAAAAACUGCUUAACUGACCUUGUGUCAAUAUUGCCACCUAAAAUGGGUACAUUAAACAAUCUGAUAAAAUUAUAUGGAUAGUUUUUAGAAAUUUCUACUUCAUUUUAAUUGUAAACAUAAUUAUUUUCUGUUUUGUUAAGAUGGUAAAUAUGUAACUUAUAAUCAACUGUUGUCUUGCUCUUAUUAUUUUUAGCUUACUAUGACAUAUUUCUGCCUUUGUACCUUUUUACAUUAUUUGGAGGAUAAUAAUUCUACCUUGUUCAA